AUGUUAAAAGAAGCGUGGCUUCUGGUCCUCAGUCUGCAACCCCUCGCCUUCGCUCCGCCUUCAGCCGAGCGACUCCUCGUCACCAGCCUGAAGCAAGCCCAGCCGUGCACUCGCAGUACCCGGUCUCACCACCAGGGUUCCUCCCCGGGCGCUCCUUGGCGAGCAUCCCAAUGCAUGCACCUCAGCCCGCCUCGCUUCCUCUCAUUAGGCCGCGCCACGUAUUCCUGGAAGAGAGCACGCCAACAUGGAGGCAGGAAGGAGCGGGCGGCGAAUUCGAUAGUUGACGUCGCUCCUACAGAGAAGCAGUUCCACAGAGAUCAACUCCAAGCGCGGCGCUCGAGCGUCCAUCUCCGGGGAGUGGGUUGCCAUGGAGACGUGAGGGGAGAGUCAGCAGAGACAUUCCACUCGCCUCCUCUCUGGGAUCCUGUCCAGCAUCCCACCAUCUUCUCAGCUGCUCAGCUCAGCUUGGACCAGCCUGGUGAGGCUGCAGGUUGUGGGCAGAAGAAAACAUUUGAAGUAUUUGAUGUCGGCAGGAACAAGUCUGGACAAAGUUUCUCUGAGGAUCUUUGGACCUGGCUGGUCCUUUGGGUCCUGCAGCCUGGGAGCAGGUGGGACAUGCCCCCCCCCCCUAACCCCCCUAACCCCCCCACCACCAACUGGGACUCCCUCAGCUCAUCAGCAGCAGCACACCUGGAAGCAAAGCUGCAGCAGGAAAUGUCUCCGCAAAUAGAAAGGAGAGCGCGAGCCAGCGGCGGCCGAGGAACUGUCAAAAGUUUACAAGUGGAGAAGAAUGUCAAUGACAGGGAGCGACGGAGCGCGUCAUUCCUAAACACGCUGCAGGGUCACGCCCGGCAGAACCUUCUAGAACCUUCUGCUUCCACCCCAGCGGCCGGCGCCUCCCAGGCGGAUCUGCACGUGACGGGACGCCCCCGGCUCGCACAUUUGUGCCUGGAGAGAAUCCGGUCUCGGAUGUCUACAGACCAUUCCUUGGACUUCAUUCUUGGUUUCACUGUCAGGUGUGGACCUUUUACACAGACAGGUGCGAGUGUUAAAACGGAUCUUCCCAAGAUUUGUGCCUGGAGACAAUCCUGUUUCUUAAGUCUACAGACCAUUCCUUGGACUUCAUUCUUGGUUUCACUGUCAGGUGUGGACCUUCUACAUAGACAGGUGUGUGUGCCUUUAACAACCAUAUGCAGCCAGCCAACUGAAUUUAGCACAGGUGGACUCCAACGAAGCUGUAGGAACAUCUCAAGGAUGAUCAGUUGAAACAGGAUGCACCUGAGACCACUUUGGCAAAGGAUGUCAAGACUUUAUGUCCAUGUGAGUUCUUACUUUUUUAUUUCUAAUACAUUUGCAAAACAAACAAACAAAAAAAACACAUUGCCAUUAUAAAAAAUAAUGUAUUCCAUUUUGGAAAAAGGCUGUAACACUACAUGUGAUUUCUAAGUGGUUUUUAUUAUCUUUUAUAAAUUAGCAUACCUUUCUUAAAAAAAAAACAUUUUCACAAUGUCAUUAUGGGGUAUUGUGUGGAGAAUUUUGAGGGCAAAAAUGAAUUGAAUCCAUUUUGGAAAAAGGCCUUUAAACACUACAUGUGACUUGUAAGUUUUUUAUAUUUAAUACAUUAGCAAAAGUUUCUUAAAAAAACAUGUUCACCCUGUCAUUAUGGGGUAUUAUGUGUAGAAUUUUGAGGACAAAAAUUAAUUUAAUCCAUUUGGAAAAAAAGGCUGUAACAAUCCAUGUGAUUUAUUAUUUGUUUGUUUUUAAAUAUAUUAGCUACAAUUUUUAAAAAUAAAACAUUUUCACACUGUCAUUAUGGGGUAUUGUGUGUAGAAUUUUGAGGACAAAAAUGAAUGUAUUACAUUUUGGAAUAAGACUAACACUACAUGUGAUUUGUAGGUUUUUUAUAUUUUUUAUAAAUUAGCAAAAGUUUAUUUAAAAAAACAUGGUCACACUGUCAUUAUGGGGUAUUGUGUGAGCAUUUUGAGGACAAAAAUUAAUUUAUUACAUUUGGGGGGAAAAGGCUGCAACACUACAUAUAAUUUCAUAUUUUUUUAUGUUUAAUAAAUGAGCAAAAAUGUCUUAAAAAUGUUUUUCCACACUGUCAUUAUGGGGUAUUGUGUGUAGAAUUUUGAGGACAAAAAUGCAUUUCAUCCAUUUUGGAAAAAGGAUGUAGCCGUAAAUGUGAUUUCUAAGUUGUUGUUUUUUUAAUUUGUAAUAGAUUAGCAAAAAUUUCUAAAAACAAAUCACACUGUAAUAAUGGGGUGUUGUGUGUAGAAUUUUGAGGACAAAAAUGAAGGUAUUCCAUUUUGGGAAAAGGCUGUAAAACUACAUGUGAUUUCUAAGUUUUUUAUUUUUAAUAGAUUAGCAAACACUUCUAAAAAUAAAUAAAUAAAUAAACCACACUGUCAUUAUGGGGUGUUGUGUGUAGAAUUUUGAGGACAAAAAUGUAUUGCAUUUUGGAAAUAGGCCGUAACACUACAUGUGGUUUCUUAUUUUUUUUAUUUUUAAUACAUUAGCAAAAAUUUCUAGAAAAAAAUAAUUAAAAAAAUCACACUGUCAUUAUGGGGUAUUGUGUGUAGAAUUUUGAGGACAAAAAAAAAAAUUUAUUCCAUUUUGGGAAAAGGCUGUAACGCUAUACGUGAUUUCUAAGUUUUAAUUUUUUUAUAUAUUUUUUUAUAAAUGAGCAAAAAUGUCUAAGAAAAACAAAAAAACUUUCACACUGUUAUU